CAUCAUUAAUGUCAUGAUACUUUCAUUCCGAACCACGACAACGGCAAGCUGGUCUUAUACGUCCUUCCUUCAAUUCUUUCUUAGACUCUCAUACGACUAAGAUCCUGUGUAGCACUCUAUUGUCACAUGUGCAUUGCCCCCUUCUCUGCUUCCCGUUCAUUCCUCCUGAUUAAACAGCCAUGUUUCACUCUCGUCUGCGGGUACGUGUUGGACCAUCGAUGGACAAGCUUGUCUGUAUCACAGACAAAGUGAACAGCAGAAAGGCGCACGAUAUAUCUUCAGAAUUGUUCGAAGGCAAGGUCGCCAUCAACAUCAAAGGUUUCACCAAUCCCUCUGGCGAAGAGCUUUUCGCGGAGUACUUUGACCGAGAAGAUAGGAAAGGGAUAACGUGGAGUAUCCAGGUUCAGGGCCGGUUCCUACAACCGACUUCAGCGGAUGAUGUUAUGUUUGGAAAUACGUUCGAUAAACGUUUAAAGUUGCCUUGGGGUGCUGGUGUGGCGCUCAAGUUCAUGAAAUACGUCGAUCCUACCUUGGAACAUGACUUGAUGUCGGAGACGAAGCCGUGGGCCCUUUCACCACUGAUCGCAACAAUGCCCCAUUUUGUGCACGAAAGAAUAGAUGACAUUUUCCGAACUUCGCCCGUGCUAGAGCACAAAUGGUCGGAGUCCUCGUUUCCACCCUCGCAAUCAAUAGGGGAGGAUACCUCGCAGUUACAAUUUGCCACCGCGUCCUCGAAUUCCUCUAGCUCUACGUAUUUGACCCCAUACUCGUCCAAUUCUCCGUUUGCUACACCAUCCUCGUCAUUAUCGGUUGCCUCAUCUUCGUCUAGCCACUUGAAUUUGCCGAAAAUGCCUGGUUCAUUGGACUGUCUCGCGCACUUGAAGAAGAAGAAUAAGAAGACGAAGAUGUUUGGUCGUGCGCUAGAUCUGCGGACUGCAGGCAAUCGUAGGUCAUACUUUAGCAAUCCUCAACAUCGGAAAGAGAUUGUAUUUGGACCUGAGGAUCUGAUUACGACAGAUUUCUGCUAUGGGUAUCUGCAAUUCAACCCGACUCUUGCCUUAAGGCUUUCAGGUGGUAUGACAUUCGACCUCAUGAAGUACUGGGAUAGACAUCCUGUCAGGUUUGUUUGCUGCAAACGGAGAAAGCCAGGAGACGGGGAACGCAGCGACGGGCAGCCCACAGGUGACCUAUAUUGGAUCGUCUCGAUAGAGACUGCAUAUGAAAACGAUAUACAUCAGGAAGAUUCAGUGACAGGACAGGAUAAAUAACAUGACAUAGAUGUACAUUUCUAACUCACAUUCACAUCUUGUAUUAUACAUUGGACAAUGGAUCAACCUACCAUCGUAUGGUUAGGGG